AUGACGAACCACACCCAGGCCAGCCGCAGCAGCCACCACUGCGCCAACCACAGCGUAAUUAUAACUAACCACAGGGAGUUGUUCGGACUGACAAGAGGAGUAGAGAGAGGAAAAAUCGUGAAAGCUCUUAAAGUGAAAAAUAAGGUAAUUGGGGCGGAUAAGAUCCCGGUGGAGGCUUGGAGGGCCCUGGGAGACGGAGUGGAUUUAUUGUGGAAGUUGAUGUGCAAGAUCAAGGAGCAGGAAGAUAUCACAGAUAAGUGGAAGGAGAACGUCAGUUUGGUUUCAUGCCCGGAAGAGGAACAAGAAGCCCAGUAUUUAUAUUCAGACAAUUGGCUGAAAAGUACAGAGAAAAUCAGAAGGAACAACAUAUGGGUGUUCAUAGACCUACAGAAGGCCUGUGACAGAAGACUGAGGCAGGAGCUGUGGAGAUGGCUGAGAGAGUGGAAGGUGCGGAAAAAUAUGUAA